GCUCGGUCUCCUGGCAACUAGAUGCAGGGGCCAUGGCACUCUUAACACCCCAGGGAGUGAAAGAAGUCUUCCAAUUUCAGAGACCACAAGGUCGGGAGCGCCUGCGGAGGCUUCUUAACUGGGAGGAGUUUGACGAACAGAGAGACUCCCGGAGGAGCAUCCUGCUGGACACCCUCUAUGACAGCAUCAUCUUUGCAGUGGGCAAAGGCUUCCCAUGGGUGGAGGUGGCCCAGGUGGUCAAGUUCACAGAAGAGCUGCUUAGGGAAACCAAAGGCUGCUCCAUUACUGAGGCUGUGACGAUCCUGGGGAACAAGCUCAGAGAUUACCAGGACCAUUUCAACACCACCCACCUGCUGGCCCUCUGUGACUACUUCCACCAUACCUUCAUCCGCCACUACAAACUCUACCAGUAUGUCCUGGGCCAGGACCAGCAGGUCGACCUGACCGUUGCCCACCUGGAGGUGUGCAUGCCACCUCAGCCCCUCCCGCUGGCCGAGGGCAUGGACAGGGACUUGUGGACCCACCAGCAGCAGGUGGCUGCGCUAACGGAGGCCGAGGCACAGAAGCGCGCCGAUGUGCUGCUCCUGAAAGAGGCGCUGCUCCUGGAGCUGGAUAGCUCACUGCAGAAGGUGUUCACUGCUGCUGCGCCUGCGCAGCCUGGCCGGGUCCUGGAGAGACAGGAGUUGGAGAGCCUUGUCUGCCAGGUCAUCCACAUCCAGAUGGAGCUCCUGCAGAAGCUGCUGCAGUGCAGGAUCCAGAACACGUUCGCCAUCUUGGACCUGAAGCUCCAGAAGAAAACUCUGAACCUCAACGCCCCCACCCCCAUCCCGCCCCCCAUCACCAGUCACGCAGGCCAGGAGGAAGCCAUGAAGCCCCACAGAGCGAACAAAGAAAAGAAAGUGAAGGCAAGGAAGUAGAAGGCCCCAACUGCCACACGAGACUGACUGGGGACCAGUCACCCACAGCCAUGAGCCGUGCAGCGUGGUGAGUUCAGCACCAACCCACAGAGAGACUUCUCACGAUUAAAAGAAACAAACCCA